GCAUACAGAGAAGGAACCUGAAGAGACACUUUUUUAUUCUUCUCCCAUCUCAAGAAUCUCAGUUUUCUCCCUGAAACUUUGUCACUGAUGACUUCAAACGGCGGCUCCGUGGCCUUUGAAGGUUUAUACUCUAAACUGGAGGAAGACAACCGCGAGUACGCCAACAUGUCCCGCACGAGCGACGUUCAGCCCGUCUUCUCCGUCAAUCUGAGUCCCAGCAGGCCAAGCGGCCCAGGGCGUUACCGCCUCGCCACCGUGUGCCUGGGCACGCUGUGCGUCAUCCUGCUGGUGUCUCUCAUAGCCGUCGCUGCUCACUAUAAAAACAAGCCUGAAGGUGGCGCCAACGCCUCCCAGAUCAGCAAACAGAUGCAGGACGAGGAGGACGUGGUGUCUCUGACCGCCGCCGUCCGGUCCAUAGAGGAGGAGAAGCAGCAGCUGCUGAAAGAGAAGGAAGAACUGCUGAUCAAACUGGCCGCCAAGAUGGCUACCAAAGCUCCUCAGGUGACCACAGCGCCCCCCAUCGUCUGCCCUCUGAACUGGCAUCUCUUCAACAGCAGCUGUUACUUCAUCUCCAGGGUCUUCAGAGAGUGGGACGAGAGUCAGUCGUACUGUCAGAGCAGGGGAGCUCACCUGGCCAUCAUCCACACUGCAGAGGAGCAGACAUUUCUGUGGGAUCUCCUUCCCAGAGGUCACUGGAACGCCUUCUGGUUUGGGAUCACUGAUGGACACACGGAGGAUCAGUGGAAAUGGGUGGAUGGAACGCCGCUGGUUGGAGGUUUCUGGGAGGUCGGUGAACCCAACAACCACAUCAACGAGGACUGCGGCUACAUGAUCAAGACACAGGUGUUGGAGCGAGUGGCCAUCCGCAGCUGGUACGACGCCCCCUGCUCAAUGCCACUGCCCUACAUCUGUGAGAAGGAGAUGAUUGCCGGCACCAGCACCGCCAUGCCACACUGAGGCGCCCGUGAGACCACGCGACCAGCUGAAAUCCUGUGAUUUUUCUCAUUUUUGUCCUCAAAAACAAACUCAGAUGCUUUGUUUUUGUUUGAACUUUAAAGGGAGAGUUCAGGUUUUCUCAAAUCUGACCACAGACACAACAGACGUUCAGAAUUCAAGUCAGAAUUCUGAGAUUAUACACAUGACGACAAACAUGAAAAAAUAAUUAGAAUGAAUUCUGAGAUCUAGGUCAAAGGGAAAAAAGUCAGAAUUAUAAGAUUUAAAAUAAAAAGUCAACAUUUUGAGGGAAAAAUGUGAAUUCUGAAUUUAAAGUCAGAAUUUUGGGAUUAGAGUUAAAAUUGUUACUCAGAAAUCCCAGAUUAAAGGUAAAAUUGUUAAAUUCAGAAUUCCCAGAUUGAAGUUAAACUUGGUAAAGUUAGAAUAUGCAGAUUAAAGUUAAAAUUGUCUUGUUAUGUUAGAAAUCUCACUAAAAUAUUUGAAAUGUUUAAAAUUCUGUCUUAUUCUCAGAAUUUAAAAAAAUAAUCCUGGAAUUCUGUCUUUAAUUUCAGAAUUCACAUGUUUUGCCACAACAUUCUGACUUAAUAUUUAGUGGUGAAACAAAGUUUCUAAAUAACAAAGUUAUUUAGCAAUAACUGUGCAGAGGUCACAAAAAUAGACAUAAAAACAUUGAACUGUGACGUAUUUUCAAAUUUCACAAAUUCAAUGUGAUUUUGAAACAUUUUAAGUUUUGCUCAGGUUUGUUUGUGGAGUUGGUGAAAAUGAAAAUCAUCAGGUUGUUUAUAGGUUGAAGCUCUGUACUGCACAUUCUCAGAGCCUCUGCGUGUAAAUGUUAUCAUAGUAAUGGAAAACGUGUUCUAAAGGUUUAAUAAAACCAUUUCAGGGAGGAGAGUCCAGGGAGCUCACAAGUCAUUUAAAGUUCCAGUGUAUAAGAACUAGCGACACCUAGUGGUGAGGAAGACUCCUUUAACAACAGAGUCACCUUUUAAAAUCUACGUCAGUUUAAGUUCCUGAAGUUUGAGAUUUGAACAUCCCAGCACACAGGAGUCGUUCAGUUUCACAAAAUUAUAGACGAACGUUAAUGUUUUCAUUUAUGUCUUUAAUGUGAAAUUUGCUUUUAUAGAAAUUAAUUUGUGUCAUUUCUCCUUCACGUUAUCAUGUGAUUUUGCUCAGUUGAUUUGAGCCUUGAUUUAAUCAAAACUAAGUGUUUUCUGUGGAUCUCGUGUAAAUAAACAAAUCUUUUUCUAUUUUAA